UGGGGCUAGCUAAUUCCACCUCUGCGGAUCCCCUCUACGAUCGAUUCUACAUGCCGUAUAGCAUAGUAUAUGAUAGAUGUAAUGGCGGACAUAGCAGACCUCUUUGCUUUUUUUCUACUAGCUGCUGUCAUCUCUGUAGUUUCAAGUGUCCAACCUCAGGACGGGGAUAUUCGUCUGGUUGGAGGAACCGCGACUCGAGGUCGUCUGGAGUUCAGUAUAAUCUACGGUGUUUGGGGCACAGUGUGCUAUGACUCUCGAAAAAACACAGAACUGGAGAAGGGGGCAGCGAGGGCUGCUUGUAGACAAUUGGGCUACGAGGAUGUGAUUAAUUUAGGAACUGUAGUGGACAUGGGUAUUCCUCAUGCCAUUGACGGAAUCUCAAUUCGACUGUAUGAGCCCAACUGUCCCUACAACAAGGUUAAUAAUCUGAACAAUGAGAUAGAACUCUUUCUGAGGUGUAAUUUCGAAGCAAUAGGGAACUGCUCUCGUACCCAGGACAUGGCCAUUGAGUGUGCCAAUAGGUCCAAAUACUUAACUCCUUAUGACACAGAGGUCCGGUUAGUUCAGGGUGGAACUGGUUACCCCUCCUCUGGUAUAGUGGAAAUCUACCUUAACCAUCAAUGGGGGACAGUAUGCUUUGAUACCAUGAACAGUGGUAAUGCAGAAACAAUAUGCAGACAAAUGGGUUACACUGGAGCUAGUCACUUUAAUCAGAUUAACGUUACUGCAGUGACUGGUGUCAAGCCAGCUCUGAAGGACAUGACGUGCAGUACUAGUAGUUGGGCCUGUCUCAGCAAGUGUUUCUCUUACCCUGAACCCAGCACAAUUAGUUGCAUCUACAUCACCACCAUCAAUUGCACUUUUAACGUGACCAAGCGUAGUGAUUACAUACCUGGCAGUGAAUCACGUUGCACCGACACUACUCCACCCACUUCUGAAUCAUCACUUGUCACCAUUGGCAAGAUUGUUGGUGGCGUGUUUGGUGGCCUUGUCAUAGUUUCCAUAGUGAUCAUCACCCUGUUGUGCUGUUGCUGUUUCGUCACUGGCUGCCCCCUAUACUCUUGGAGGGAGAAAAAAUAUUACGGGUAUGAUAGCAUCACAUAACUUUUGAAAGUAUACUGCCUUGUUUUUUUUAGCUGUAGAUAUAGUUUUGAUCAAAAUGAACACUAUACAUGCAUGUAUAUAUAAACAGAAUUUUGAGUUCUUUG